UGGAAAAAAAAGCCAAUCAACGUUGGUCCCACAAUUUAGUGCCACGUAAGCAGAAAAGGGAUAAAAAAUUAUUAACAAAAAUAAUAAUAGGACCUUAGUAUAGUAUAAGUGUGUCUUUGAGAUUUCGGGCAUAAGUUGAGAGGUAUUUGUGCAUUAUCCCCGUAUAUAUUGACAGUUGACACCAUGAAUAAUUGACUUAAAAGACACAUAUAGAAACUUGAUUUUUCCUUGCACUUUUUUCCAUUUAGCAAUUAGGGUUUCUUCUUUUGUUGCUCUCCUGCAUAGCAUCUGUUAGUUCCGAAUUUAGACAUUGUGAAUUUUCAUUUACGCUUUAAUUUUAAUUUCACAUGCCCCUACGUUUCAAAAAAAAGUAAUUGUAAACGUUAUUAAUUUCAAGUAUGGUGUUAUUGAAUAAUUUUUUAUUAGAUUAGAACUCGCUCUAAAUCCGUCUCUUUGAAAGAUGGGGCGGGGUAGGGUGGAGAUGAAGCGUAUCGAAAAUAAAAUAAGCAGACAAGUUACAUUCUCAAAGAGACGAUCCGGUUUGUUGAAGAAAACCAACGAGAUCUCUGUGCUAUGUGAUGCUGAGGUGGCAUUAAUUGUUUUCUCUUCAAAUGGAAAACUAUUUGAGUACUCUACUCAAUCAAGCAUGGAAAAUAUAUUGGAAAGAUAUGAAAAUUACUCAUACGAGGAGAUGAACUUGAAUACAACUUAUAAGGAAAAUUGGACUCUUGAGUACCCAAAGCUCAUGGCAAGAGUUGAACUUCUGCAAAGAAAUAUAAGGCAUUUUAUGGGAGAAGAUCUGGACGCCUUUAAUCUGCGUGAAUUUCGGGGUUUAGAGAAACAGCUCGAUACAGCUCUAAAGCGAGUGCGAUCUAAGAAGAACCAACUGAUGCACGAGUCCAUUUCCCAGCUGCAGAAAAAGGAAAAAGAACUGCAACAGCGAAACAACUUAAUUUCUAACAAGCUUAAAGAAAAUGAGAAGAAGCAAAUUGUGCAAACAAAUCCAGGCCAAAGCUCUACUAUGACUUUCUUGCUACAAUCUCCCACAGUCACUAACCAAACAAUUGGCGGUCCUUCUCAAGCAACGGAUCAAAGUCAAAAUCGCGAUGGUUACAAUAGCUUGAUGCCUCCAUGGAUGUUCCACCAUGUCCACAACAAAGGAUGAAAACUUAAUUUAUAUACAUAUAAAAUCACAAUUGUAUGUCUAUAAUUUGUUGUACCAAUUAAUUAGUUGUAAUCAAAUCUGUAACUAAUUAACCUUUGUCUACUUCUUUUACUAAAUAUGGAGCAGAUGAUGAGCUAACAAAUUAAAUAGUCUUAAUAGUUUGUAUGAACUAUUAGAAAUGUCACCUUAAUUUGUGUUUGCUAUGAUUGAAAAUAUUUUUUCUA